AUAGAGUAAAUUUUCAUUAGUUCAGAAAAACCAACCAGAGUUGUAUAAAUGAUCCUGUCAGUUCAGGAAAACAGUUAAGUGAAUUCAGUUUAGUGUUGAGUGACGCAUCUUCUCACUAAUAGACGAUCUUUGUUGCAUCGUUGGCCCGCAUUGGAAACUGCAGCACGUCUGACAGCCGCUCCCUCCAUCCGCAGCUGCUGCAGCCGGUGCACAGAGACCGGAGCGGGACCCGGACAGAACCUGGUGAACCUUCAGACGUCCAAACCGUUGGAGUGGGGGGGGCGUGUUCGUGUUUUUUGCGUGUUCGUAUCGGAUCCUCAGCGGGGAGAUGCUGUCAUAUGAAGAAGCGGCAGUGACUUUGUUAAAGGCAGGAAACGCAGCGAUGACACCGACUUAAAACCGGAAUCAGUCCGCUGAAAACAUCUAAACCCCGAUGGCCGUCUGAGGAAGUGAAAAUGUGACACAUCCGCUCCGUGGAGAAAUCUCUGCAGCGGAUUUAAAUCACGUUGCUCAGUCAGCGCGAUCCGGCGAGAUUUGACCUCAGCCGAGAGCUGGAUGCUGCAGCAGCUUCCUGACAUCCAGCAUCUGGUCACGAGCUUCUGGUCCUUCCGAUAACAGACGAAAACCAGGUUUAAAUCAGUUCCGGUGAAAGGAAAAACCUCAGCUUGAGAUCUGACCAGAGACAGAAACCGGCUCUAGAGCUUUCAUCUGCAUCUCAUGGUCCUCCUCAGAACAUGAAGGAUGGAGACACAUUAAAUCACCUGUGAGAUUUGAUGGGAUUGAUUUAGUUUGGAUUCAUAAGCCUGCUGGGAGCAUCCUGAACAUCCGGACCCGUGACGAGCCCCCUGUGGUGAUGCUGGAUGUGGUGAAGAUGAAGGAGGCCUGCAGGAUCUGCGCCCGUGAGCUCUGUGGGAACCAGCGCCGCUGGAUUUUCCACCCGGGAGCCAAGCUCAACCUGCAGGUGCUGCUGUCCCACGCCCUCGGUCAGGAGCUGGCUCGAGACGGCCGCGGAGAGUUCGCCUGCUCCAAGUGCACCUUCAUGCUGGACCGCAUGUACCGCUUCGACACGGUGAUCGCCCGAGUGGAGGCGCUGUCUCUGGAGCGCCUGCACAAGCUGCUGCUGGAGAAGGAGCGGCUGAGACAGUGCAUCGGAGGCCUUUACCGGAAGAACAACUCUGAGGACUGUGGCCUGGCUCCACCUGGGUCCAGGUCUCGAGUCGACACUGAAGAGGUUCCUGAAGACUCUCCAGUGGUGGAUCUGUCAGCCCUGAGUGAUGUGAGGUACUCUGACAUGAUCCAGGAUGAUCUGGCCUACUCUGUGUACGAGUCCUGGGCUGAUAAGGAGGACCUCAUCCUGGAACAGCACCUCCACCAGUGCUCCGGAGGCGACGCCCUCUCCGGCCAGAAGCCACGGCGGUGCCGGGGGUGCGCUGCACUCCGGGUUGCUGACUCUGACUAUGAAGCGGUGUGUAAAGUACCUAGGAGGGUGGGGCGCAGGAGCACUUCCUGCGGCCCGUCUACCCGCUACUCAUCACUCACUCAGGGGGUGGAAGACCCAACCAGAGUCCCUGCAGCAUCCGAGGCUACAACCGCCUUUGAGUCUCCUUCAGCUGGGAUAGAGACGGACAAGACCUCAUGUGAGCUGAGGAGCCCCAGCCCCGCCUCAUCUGUAGAGUCUCUGGACGCCGUCUGCAUCACUACGAACCAUAAAGCCAAGGAGGGAGCCAACACAGAGGAAGCUUCAGCAAGAAGGGAUCCCCCAUGGGACAAAGCCCCAAGUGAGAACCCCUUUUCUGGGCUGGAGGUGAUGCUGAGUCUCCUGCGGGGCUGGGAGUACCGGCCUAUAAAACCCCACAGGGGCAGCAAGCUCCCGGUUCUGGUCAAAGCCAAAUUGGAGCAAGGCCUGUCUCCUCACCUGCCCAUCCCACCGAGGUCGCCUUGUCGGGGGGCAGCAGACGAUUUGCUGUACCCCCAGCAGACCGUCCCAGAGGUGGUGAUCCCCUGUCCCCAGCAGGAGCUGGAGGCGGAGCUGGCGGAGAUGGAGGAGCAGUGGGCGGAGGAUUACGUUCAGUGUGGGCCGUUUCGCUUUCAGCAGCGGAUGAUGGACGAGCAGUUCGGUCAGUACGACAGCGCCGCGGGUCAGUGUGUCGGCCAGCUGCUCGAGGCCCAGAACCAGCUGCACUCCCUGCAGACCAAGAUCCGAGCCGGCGAGGCCAGGAACCAGAAGCUGCAGGAGCGUCUGGCUGAGAUGGAGCUGGAGCUGCGUUCGGCCCGGGAGGAAGCCCAGCAGCAGGAGCGGAACAUCCAGAACCUCAGCGACACCGUCGGCUCCAAGGAGGCCGAGGCUGCAGAGUUGUACCAAGUGAUUGAGGAGCAGAAUAAGAUGCUGUGUUCUCUCAGAGAGCUGUCCAGUCGCAGCCAGCUGCAGCAGCUGCAGGCUUCCGGUGCAGAGACCGUCCGCGGCCAGACCGAGAUCCUGGCUCUGCAGGCCUCUCUAUUCCAGGCCCAGCUGGAGCUGCAGUCGGGCCAGCGGGCGCAGUGGCAGGCCGCCAGGGCUCAGGAGGACCAGAACCGGGCCCUGGAGAGGCUGGAGAAAGACCUGCAGGGGGCACUGCAGCACAGGAGGGAGACUGAGAGACACAACCAGGAGCUGCAGCUCGCUCUGCAAAAGGCUCGCUCGGCUCUGCAGGAAAGAGAGGAGCAGCUCAGGGUAAGCGAGCAUGAGCAACAAAGAGAGAAGGAGGAGAGAGAGAGGAGCAUCAGAGAGCUGAGGACGUCCCUGCAGACCAGAGAACAGCUGCUGGAGGAUUACUCUGAGAUGUUGGAAGAUCAGAAGGAGAACAGAGACUCUCUGCUUCAGAAACUCCGCCAGCGAAUUAAAGAGAGAGACCGAGCUCUGGAGCGAGCCGUGGAUGAGAAGUUCCGCUCCGUGGAGGAGAAGGAGGAGGAGACCCGGCGUCUGCAGCUGCUGCUCAGAGAGAAGGAGAGAGACCUGGAGAGGCAGCGCAGCGUCCUGACCAACAACGAGGAGACCAUCACCAGUCUGGAGGUGCUGGUGAGAGGAAAAGCUCUGGAGCUGGAGCAGGUGUCCGACGCCUGGAGGAGCGUCCAGCAGCAGGACGGCGAGGACCAACAGAGCCGCAUCCUGAGGGAAAGGGACGCCAUCAUUGAGCAGCUGCAGGCGGCGCUGCACGCUCGCACACAGGAAGCUCAGGAUCUGCGUUGCUCCCUGCUGGCUCAGGUCCAUUCUGCUCCACAUGACGUUCUGGAGGACCUGAAGCUCCGCCUCCAGCUGAAAGACCGCCUCUUCCAGGAAGUGCUGGCUGACCGGACCCAUCAGGCCCGGGAGCACCAGGAGCAGGUCCAGGAUCUGAGAAGAACCAUUGGGUCCAGAGACCAGUACAUAAAGGACUCGGCGGGCCAGUUCAGUGAGGUCAUCACGGAGCAGGCGGCGAGGCUCCAGGAGCUCCGCAGACAGCUGAGCUCAGGGUUCGGUUCCAGACCCGACUCUGGACCAGACCUGUCUGUGGAACUGCAGGCGGUGCAGGAGGAGCUGCGUUUGUUCCUGAGGAGGGAGAAGGAGAACCAGGAGCUGAGCAGGAGUCAGGCAGGCCAGCUGGACUCUCUCAGCAGAACUCUGCGUGUGAAAGAGGAGAUCAUCAGGGACUUCCAGAAGCAGCUGGUGGUUCCAUCAGACCUCCCUCUGGUAGAACGACUGACCCAGGAGGUCCAGCAGCUGAGGGAGAGUCUGGUCCAGCAGGACGUUCCCUCACCCAGAGUUCCUGUGUUGGGCCAUGACCGGCCUGGCAGCAGGCAGCCUGAGUUUGGAGAACUGAGCUCUGAGGAAGAGGAUGAAGCAGAUGAAGAUCUAAACAGCGAGUACACUGAAAGUGUUGAUGAGGACGAGUCCAGCCUCCAGCGUCGUGGAGGGAAGGACCAGCAGCUGGACGGUCAGAGUCUGACGGUGGUCAAACAGCUGGUGGAGCAGAAGCAGGUGGUGGAGAGAGAGCUGGGCGAGCUGAAGGUGCAGCUGGAGAAGGCUGGAUUCUCCUCACUGUCCCAGAUGAGGAAAGCUCUGUUCAGUGUGCAAGCAGAGAACGAAGACUUGAAGCGUCAGCUGGCCGAAGGUUGGCAGCCUAAGAGGAGGAUGCUCGAGGGUGAGGAAGAGGAAGAGGAACUGGAUGUGACUAUAGAGGAAGAGGAAGUGGAAGAGGAAGAGCAAAGGUCUGAGCUGUGGGAUGCCUGGGAUGGAGAGCUGUCUCUGGCUCAGUCCAAAAUUCAGAAGAGUGAUGAACAAACCAAGGAUGUUGACCAGUCCGGUGUGAUGGCGGUGGGUCGGCAGCAGAGCGUGGCAGCGGAUCGGCAGCAGAGCGUAGCAGUGGGUCGGCAGCAGAGCGUGGCGUCCUCUGUGAUGUCUGAGAAGACGGUUCGUUUGCAGCAGAAGAGCAAAGAGCUGCAGGAGAGACUGAUGGUGUCUGAGGCCACAGUUCAGGCUCAGGCCGAGCAGCUCAAAGACUACAGAGACCUGCUGACAGAAACAGCUGUACAGCAGGACAGUAAGCUGGUCCAGGUGGACCUGCAGGAUCUGGGCUACGAGACCUGCGGCCGUAGCGAGAACGAGGCCGAGAGGGAAGACACCAGCAGCCCAGAGUUUGAUGAUCUGGAGAUGUGCACGUCUCUGGACUGUGGCUCCCAGUGGUGGCCCACCAGCAGCAGCAGCUCCACCAAAACCACCACCCGCAGCUCUUGUCACGGAGACGAGGUCAAGUCUCUUCAGCGCCUGGUGGAGGACCUUCGCUCCCAGCUGUCCCGCUCUCAGGGAGUCAUCCGCGGGCUGCAGAGCCGCCUCCGCUCCCUCUCCACCUCCAGCGACUGCGGACCCUCCACGCCCCGUAAGGUCAACUGGUCCUUCCAGGCCUCGCCCUCACAGAGCGGGGCAGAGGAGGAUGAGGGCUGGCAGUCGUCUGAUGGGGCAACGCUGGCUUCCCCGCAUCACCCUCACCCAGACAAGGGCCUUGAGAAGCUUGCAUCGCGGGUGGAUGCCCUGGAGAACCAGCUGAGGAAAGGUGGAAAGAAGACAGAGGAAGGGAGGUCUGACACCUGGCCGGGGAAAUUCGACACUCUGAUCCAGGCCCAGGCCCGGGAGCUGUCCCACCUACGCCAGCGGCUACGAGAGGGGCGGGGCGUCUGCAGCAUCCUCACCCAGCACCUGGGGGACACCACCAAGGCCUUCGAGGAGCUGCUGAGGGCCAACGACAUUGACUACUACAUGGGUCAGAGCUUCAGGGACCAGCUGGCUCAGGGCAGCGCUCUGGCACAGAGGGUCAGCACAAAGAUCAGCGGACGAGACCAUUACAAGGAUCCAGAUGAGAAGACGGAGCUGCUCGCCAUCCGGCUAAGUAAGGAGUUGCAACAGAAAGACAAGGUCAUCGAGUCUCUCCGCGCCAAACUCAGCCAGCAUCAUCAUCCUCAUCGCUCGGACACACCCUGCAGCAGCCAUGCCCUCUCCGACACCACUGACCAAUCAGAUCGCAUUUCCUACGUGUCUGAUGAACAUGGAUCCACCAACGAGGACCUGGAGUUGUGUUCCGAUGUGGACGGUACCAGUGAGCUCGGUCAGGAGGAAACAAGGACUUCUGCAAGAGUCAGUGCAGAUUGUCACUCUCACCACGGCGCCUUGUCACGCCACCCAUCUGUCCCGUCAUCCAUCUCAUCCCACCAAAGCUGUCCCAGCAUGCACUGCCCCAGCUCGCCACACAAACCCGCAGAUGUGCAGAGCCAGACAGCUCCAGUCUUGAGCUCUACUCCCUGUCCCCUUCCACCUUCCUCUUCCUCCUUCACCCAAAGGGCCUCGUUGCCCUUCCCUCCUCACCCCUCAAACCUGCGAACCCGUUACCAAAGCAGCAGAGGGGUGGGUUUCUCCCUGGCUGAGGUGCACCAGGAGCUGCAGAUGUUGCAGAAGCAGCUGGGAGACAGAGCUAGGUUUUCCACUCCCCAGUCCAAACCUCUUCAGGGAUUCCAGUUUGGCCACCAGCAGCCGGCAGAUUCCUCCGGUUUCCUGCCGUUAUCCUACCGGAGUUUCCAGCCUUCUCCCUUCACCAGAGCCAUGAGUAGCAGCAGCCUGGAUGCCAGCUUGGCCAUGAAACCAGGGGCCAGCGUGCUGGAGAGCAGUGCAUUGUGGGAUAUGACCUAUGGUACCCGAUCAGCAAGACUUGGAGCAGACCUGUCGUCCGGAUCGUCGGGGUAUCAGUCAGGGACAAGCCACACAGGUUCAGACCUGAUGAAGGAGCACCUGAGGGAGAUCCGGAGCCUGAGACAGAGACUGGAGGACUCCAUCCAGACCAACGACCGCCUCCGGCAGCAGCUGGAGGACAAACUGGCUCACACAACUGCAGAAAAAGGAGCUCCCACCAACAUCUACAUCCAGGGUCUGGACUCAGUCAGCCAGCUUUCCUCUGAGGUGAGAUUCCUGAAGGAGGAGAACGUCAGUCUGCAGACCCAGCUGAAGCAGGCCACCAGAGAGGGCAGCACAGAGGCGGAGCAGCUUAGGGAGGCCAUGCUCCUGGAGAGGGCCAGGCUCAAGGAGGCGGAGCUAGAAGCAGAGAGAUGCGCGGAGAAAAGCAGGAAGCUGCAAGCUGAGGCUGAAGCCCGCGGCCUAGAGGUGGCGCAGCUGAAACAGGACAAACAGAGGAAUCAGGAAACCAUCAACAGGCUCCAGCAUGAGAUGACCGUCCUCCAGCAGCAGCUGAGCGAGAGCCGCGGUUUGGUCCACUCUCUUCAGUGUGAUCUGCAGGCGUAUUGCAGAGUGUGUGAAGUCACUCCAAACACACGCUCAGCAGGUCAGAUGAGGGACGGCGUCCAUGCCGGACGCCAUGCCACCAGCUUCCACCCCAAAGAGCUUCACCUCCAGCUGGAGCAGCAGCUGAUUGGACAAAGAGAUGCUCGGCCCGGAGCCGGUGGGCGGCUCUUCGUUGACAACGUCCUCUCUCCGCCUGUGAGGGACACGGGACUCACCGUUCCUUCGUCUCCUCCGUGUUCGGGUCAGAAACAGGAAACAAGAUCAGCUGAUCAGGCAGCUGCGACUCUUCAGGGUUGCGCCCUGAACGGCUCUUCUGCCAACCGUCAUGGCCGCCACGUGGUCGGCCACACUGAGGACUUUGAGGCUCUACAGCAGCAGCUGCUGGAGGGGAGUUCACUUCUCCUGAAGAUGGAGGCUGUCCUCCGUUCCCUGAACGCCUCACAGGAGAUUCGCCUGCUUGAGCCCUUGGAUUUGGGACGUUUCAGAAAGCUUCUGUCAGACACUAAAACUCUGAAACAGAUCCUGCAGGAGGUGGAUUCCCUGCUCCGGAUGUUCUGGAGAGCAGCUCUGCCCGACUCUGAGGAAACCAAACAGGAUCAGUCUCUGAGGGAGGAGGUCGCUUCUCUCCGUCUGAAGCUCUCAGAGCGAGAGCAGGAUCUAAAGGACACCGUGGAGAGACUGAGGAGCUCCAACCUCACCAAAGAUAGCAUGGAGCACUUUAUAGUCAGCCAGCUGUCGAGAACACGGGACGUCUUGAAGAAAGCCAAGACCAACUUAGAGGAGAACAAACUCAGGAUCUCCUUCUUUCGCCAAUCUUCUCCCUCCGUUCCUCCUUCCACCCCCUCACCUUCCUCCUCCUCCUCUUCCUCACACCCCUGGCCUAUUGAAGGUGAAAACUCAGGAGGCUUCGGUGAGCUCUCCUCCUCUCCUGGUUGGAGUGUCCUGACACCUCCACCUUCAUCCUCCAGCUCUUCUUCCUCCUCUGCUGCCCACAGACCAGCUCGCCACCAUCGCCCUCUGCAGGCGGUCUUCCUGUAGUCACCAUCGCCAGUUCGUGCUGAAAAUGACAGAAAUGUUUGCGGCUUCUUGUAGAUUAUCCUGUCAUAAAAAAAAAACAAAACAUGAAAUCGGGUUUAUACCUCGGCUCAUAAACCAGAGGCUGCUGAUCAGAAGCCGACUUCACAGAGAUCUGAGAGGAAGACGAUGCACCUGACACCAGAAACAGGCUUCGAAGUGCUUCCUGUGUGCCUGGUGUACAGGAGGUGUGAUUGGUCGGAGCAGGUUGUGGAAACAAAGCCAUACUUCCUGUCUGGACAGCAGACUUGUUCUAAUAUUGUCCUAUCUUUACCAAAAAUUGUCCCGAAAAUGACCAAAUACUGAAAACAGUAAAAUAGAGGUAAUAAUAAUCUAUGGAGGAACGAAGCUGCCAAAAUAAAAUAACUUAAAAAAUAUAGAAAUUGCUCAAUAAAUGUCUUAAUAAGCCAAAAAAUUACACAAAAGAUGUGACGUUGACAUUUUUAUUGUAACGUUCAACUGGUUAUUAAUACCCUUAUUUAUUUACUUUUUUAGGGCCUCUGCAUGAAAAACCACACCCUUAAUUUACUUAAUAAGGCAGAAAUGUAGAGAGGAAUGUAAAAUGAUGACAGGAAUAAAUUUGUUUGGAAAUAUAAAAUAGAGAAGAAAACGCAAAAUUGGAAAUAAUUGUGAAGUAAAUAUGACUGAAUAAAAAACAAGACAAUAAACAAAUUAAAUAAAUACAGAGAUAAAAAUAAAAAAAAAUUAACUAAAAUAGCACCAAUUAAAUAAAUAAAAUUCAACUGGUAAUUAGGUGGAAAAGUAAAUGAAUAGGAUUAUUAAUUCAAAGUUAAAUAAAAACAGCUAAAAAUCACUGGAAAUAUCAAUUUAAUUUACAUUUUCUAAAUUACUUGAUGGAAAAAAGCUAAAGUUGUAUAAUUUACUGACAUUAUUUGGUUUAUAUAAUUAAUUAGUAUAUUUGUAGUUAUUAAUACUAAUUAAUAUCUUGUAUUAUAAUAUUACACAUUAACUAGUUCUUACAGUUUCACUCUGGGAUAAAUAAAGUUUGUUUCAGCUAAUUUUAUCUAAUUUAUUAAGCCAUUUUUAUAUUUCUGUUUUUAUUUUUAAUUUUGGCAUUUUCGGACCUCCUUAUAGUUCAGCAUCUGUAGCUUCCAACUCCGUCAACUUCGGAGUAGCUGCUAAAUAUUUAGAAAUGACCUGCUGAACCAGCAUGAAGCUGAUCUGCUGCAUCUUUACGUCAACCAGCAAAUAUUACACCACCCGUUUCACAGGGUUAGCUUUUAUUCUUUUAGUAAACGGUCCAAAAGACAAGACAUUUCACUCGGGGGGGAACCAGAAAAAUGGACCAUGAAUUAUUAUUCAUUUUCAAAUGUUUUAGAAAUGUUGACGUUUGUUUUGUGGUAGGUGAAAAUCAUACAGCUGCUCCAGAUCUUCUGAGAUGAAUUCUUCAGAAGUCUUCAGCUGUUUAACUCUUCUGUUUCGUGCAUGAACCGAGGCUUUCUCUGAAAUAUGCAAUCCUUUGGGUGACUGUGCAAUAUGAGCCUUGUUGGUAGCUUUUUCUGGAAAAUGUAGGCCUGGAUAUCCAAGUGCCAUGACGUCUGUUUUAGCUGUUCGACUAAAUUCAUUUCACUGAACCGACAUCUGGAUGAACGCGUCCGGUUUCUGACAAUCAGUUUUAACGGCCUCUCUUUGCUGUUUGUGACUCAUUUAAAUAUGAAAACAGAGCAAAUUAACAGCUGAAAAUCUCACUGUUGGUAUUUUCUGAAGCAAUAAGAGGAACCAAAGUGGACAACUUGUCCUCAAAUCAGGUGUAAAAUGAUCAAGUUCGUUUUUGUAGAAUUCCCCAGAAGAGUGUUUCUCUGAGUGUGUGUGGCUCAUGUGUGUACAUAUUAAAAAAUGAUGAAAAGAUUUAGUUGCUGUGAGAGGAAAGGUGGUCUUUGACCAGAUGUAUUUUUAUGCAUGUUCAAUUUGUUAAAAUGUUUUGGGGCAACAAGAAAAAAACCUUUUUAAUAAAAGGGAAAAAACCA